AUGGCAAUGCUAGCGAUAGAAAACGCUGCUAUGUACGAUGACUCUGUCACUAGUAUGGAGUAUCAUAAUCAUCAACCAUACGUCUCGUGUAGCUAUAGAAACAACGACGAAGUCAGAAUACCGAUCUUACAACAGGAUAUUCUUACCUUGCCGUUUGAUAGUUACGUUGUCAUUCACGGUAAAGUAGAGGCAACUAAAACAACAGGAGCGACAGCAUUAGAUGUUAAUUUAGUAAACAACGGUAUCGCAUUUUUGUUUGACGAGGUUCGUUAUGAGAUCUGUGGUAAAGAAAUCGAUAGGACUAGAAAUGUGGGAAUCACGACGACUUUGAAAAAUUUGGUUUCCAUCCGGGAAGAAGAAAAAAACGUGUUACAGAACGCCUGUUGGUUCGGGCCUGGUGAGACAGUGAAUGUUAAAGACUUUAUAUACUCCAUACCGCUUAGACUUCUUUUAGGAUUCGCAGAGGAUUAUAGAAAGGUAAUCGUCAAUAGUAAACAAGAACUUAUUUUAUUGAGGUCCUCGACCGACCUGAACGCCGUCAGUACGUCUGAAGCUGGUACUUUAAAAUUGGAAAUCGUAAAGAUAUACUGGCGUGUGCCUCAUGUGAUGGUAAACGAUCCGGCAAAACUCAGACUUUAUAAGUACAUCGAGAAAGACCCACACAUUCACAUACCGUUCAGACAGUGGGAAAUGCAUGAGUAUGCGAAUUUACCUACGACCAGUGAUUCCUUUUCCUGGCCUAUCCGUACGACCAACCAGUUGGAAAAACCGAGGUACAUAAUUGUCGGCUUUCAAACAGGUAGGAAAAACGACAUCACCAAGGAUAUGUCACAAUUCGAUUCUUGUGACGUAAAAGAUAUAAAAGUGUACCUAAAUUCGAUAUACUACCCUUAUGACGCUCUACUCUCAAAUACGGCGUUGUUUUACGACGCUUACGCAAAUUUUCAAAGUUCUUAUUACGGUAGAGUAGGCUCACCGAUAUUAAACUUUACAGAUUAUACAACAAAAUGUCCCAUUUACAUAAUCGAUUGUUCGAAACAAAACGAUUCAAUGAAGACAGGCCCUGUCGAAGUGAAGUUGGACAUUCAAACUAACAAAAAGUUUCCCGCCAACACUUGGGGAUAUUGCCUCAUCAUUCACGAUUGCCAUUACACUUACACGCCACUAACCGGCGACGUGCGAAAGAUCUCCGUCUGA